AAUUAGAAAAUGGGGCAGUCUGACGCAGAGGAGGGCCAGCUGCCAGCACCAGUGAAGCCCCCAGAUGGUGGUUGGGGCUGGGUGGUGCUGCUGGGCUGCUUUGUGAUCACUGGCUUCUCAUACGCCUUCCCCAAGGCUGUGAGCAUCUACUUCAAAGAACUGAUGCAGGACUUCCAUGUAGGCUACAGCGACACAGCCUGGAUCUCCUCCAUCAUGCUGGCCAUGCUAUAUGGGACAGGACCUGUGAGUAGCAUCAUGGUGAACCAGUUUGGAUGCCGGCCAGUGAUGCUUAUUGGAGGGCUCCUGGCUUCCUCUGGGAUGAUCCUAGCCUCUUUCACCACCAAUAUUAUUGAGCUGUAUCUGACAGCUGGUGUGUUGACAGGUCUAGGUAUGGCUCUGAACUUCCAGCCCUCCUUGAUCAUGCUUGGUUCCUACUUUGACAAGCGUAGACCUCUGGCCAAUGGGCUUGCUGCAGCUGGAAGCCCAGUUUUCCUUUCUGCCCUCUCUCCUCUGGGGCAAGUCUUGCUUGAGAAAUUUGGCUGGCGAGGGGGGUUCCUCAUCAUGGGGGGGUUGCUGCUCAACUGCUGCACCUGUGGAGCUGUCAUGAGACCCCUGGAGAUGAGCAUGAAGCGAAAGAUGGAGAAGGUCCAGGACAAAUAUGAAGCCAAGGAGAUGCUGCCAAUGGGGGAAAAGACAGAGGAGGCCAUGACCACAACCAAUGAAGCCAAGUCAAAGAAAGCCAAGAAAAAGAAGCCCAAAAAAGGGAAGAAACUGUUGGAUUUUUCUAUUUUUUCCAACAGGGGGUUUGUCAUCUACGCCAUCUCUAAGUUCAUCCUGGUUUUGGGUCUCUUCGUUCCUCCUAUCUUAUUGGUCAACUAUGCUAAGGACAUUGGAGUGCCAGACACAGAGGCUGCCUUCCUGCUCUCCAUUAUUGGCUUCAUAGACAUUUUUGCCCGACCAUCCUGUGGGGUAGUGGCCGGGUUGAAGUUUAUCCGUCCUCACAUGGCCUACUUAUUCAGUUUUGCUAUGCUCUUCAAUGGCUUAACAGAUAUCUGCAGUGCCAGGGCUAACAACUACACAGCGCUGGUCAUUUUCUGUGUCUUCUUUGGCAUCUCCUAUGGGAUGGUGGGUGCACUGCAAUUUGAAGUGCUGAUGGCCAUAGUUGGUUCCCAGAAGUUCUCCAGUGCCAUUGGGCUGGUCCUGCUCAUCGAGGCUGUUGCUGUGCUUAUUGGGCCACCUUCAGCAGGACGCUUGGUGGAUGCCCUGAAGAACUAUGAGGUCAUCUUCUACCUGGCUGGCUCAGAGGUUGUACUCUCCUCCCUCUUCCUGGGCGUCAUGAGCUACUGCUGCCUGAAUCGGGGGAAAAAGACACCUCCACCAGCAAAGACCUCUUCCACAGGUGCUGGCAGUGACACAGAAGAGGCAGAGUCAGAUGCACAGGAAGUAGAAGACCAUGCAGAUGACAACCACCAACAAUCCCACAGCACCAACAGUGCCCUCAUUGUGGGGAGUGAUGCUGUGAACCACUUAAGGGAGGAUCAGAGCAUGGAUGCAGUUGGGCGGCCUGAGGGUGAUGGGGAGGCAUUGAUGUCAGUCAGAUGCAGCUCCAACCAAACAGUGGAGAGAGAGAGUUCUUAGGAAGUUAAAAGCCAGGAUGGAGGAAUAUAGAUAGACAGUGCUAAAGCACUGGUCUGGUUUGCAGACAACUAUGUAAGUAGGAAGAAUAUGGGGAGAAGGAUUGGGGCGAGGAGGAAAACGUGUGCGAGAAGGACAGGAGAGAAUCUACGAGUUAACAAUUUUUAAUGUAUAUACGUAGAGACAUGUUAUAUCUAGUGAUGUGUUUAACAGCAUGCUGCACAUCCACCGAUCUUUCACACAGGCUCAGAGGAGCUCUCUUGCUAUCUAAACUGGCCCUGGAAAACUUAAAGUUAACUAAGGCAA